CAGACGGACGGACGGCCGGACAGUCAGUGAGUGGCAGUGCACUAUGUAGCAUGUGGCACUUACUCCCCUUCUUGGCAAUCCUCUGCGCUCGUAUAAAAGGUCUCCAGAUCACGUCACUGUUGGUGCCUCCGUACGUCGUCAACAACUCUGGCCUGGUGGUGUUGGACUGUCAGUACACUCUCACACCCUACGACCUGCAGCUAGACUCGGGGUUGGUGGUCAAGUGGUUCUUCAACAACGGGCCCGCUCCGGUCUACCAGUGGAUCCCCAGCCAGCGACCUCAAGACCUCGGUAUCCUCCGAGGUCGGCUGGACCUCGACUACCGAGCUUCGGACAACAACGCCACCAUGUUCCGCGCCCUCUCCAUCUUGAAUCCUACCACAGAUCUGUCUGGAGAGUACCGCUGCGCCGUGUCCACCUUCACCGACGAGGACUUCAUGAUACAGAAGAUGAUCGUUUAUGCUCCAGAAAAGCGGAUGGAGAUGACUCAUACCAAGACAGAUUCUGAGAGCGCUAACGUGACUUGUGCAGGAUACGGCCUCUAUCCAGAACCCAGGAUAGCAUUCUACAGGGAUCCGUACACACCUCGAGUUAGUAAGCCACUACAAGGAGUGACGAUAGAGACCAGUUCCAGGACAGGACACUACGAUAUAUCUGCCAAUAUGGUGUUCCGGGACAGUGACCUGCGAUCCCCCACCAUCUUUAUUUGUGAGAUUUGCAUCCCCACCACAGAGUACUGCCGGCGCAAGCGGCUAGUCUACUAUCCGGGCAGUAUAACAAGUUAUCACUCUGAUAGCAGAGGAUUGAGAGGGAAUGUGACUACAUGGUUGAUACUUCUGACUCUAUUGAUAUACCAUUAGCAGUGAAUCAAGAGAUACCAAUGCACAGUUUCUGGAUAAAAGCUCCAGAGAUGGUCUGCAGAAGUUGUGGUUCCUAUCAGGGGGUGUUUUGAAAAAAGAACACUCGUAAUAUAUGUACAUAUAGCUGACAUAUCUUUUGUCAAUGUUCCAGUUAUUUGUAUUCUUUGUAGCAGUUCAUUAUAAUGUCUUCCUGUUCUUCAAGUUCUGAUUAUGAUUAUUUUUUAACUACUAAGAAAAUGUAGUAUACUGCAUACUUGUAUAUGUCAAAAAUACAUUUUUUGUUUUAAAAUAUGCAAAUUAUUAAAACCAGGUAAUUAAGACAUGUAUAGAGUGAUAAAUGACAAAGGGUGUUUAUUUCCUCUAACUGGUCGUCUAUUACAUCGGUCGAUAAAACAGUACAUUUUUAGAGAUAUUUUUAUUCAAUUCCAACAAUUUUGACAUUAUAAAAGCAAUAAUAGCAUUGCGUAAAACUAUAAUAUACUUGAAAUUCCAUCAACAAUACUGUAAAUUAAUACUGUUGUUAAAUGUAAAUUAUGUAUACCCUUUUAUUGAUUCUAAUGAAGCGAAGUAUACGAAAUUAAAUUCAUAAUUGCCUAAAUAAGUGAUAUAAUACAAUUAGAUUUAAUGUAUCCUGAAAUAUCUUAUCUACUUCAUUGCGUAUUUAUUACCUUAUCCUCUCAGUCACGACGAAUGUCGUGUGUAAUGUGGUCACAUAAACACUCGUAUUAACAGCUUUCUCUAUUUGUCUACCAUAUAAACAGUAUAAAUAGCACAUACGAUUUCAUACUUUUCUUUUAUUUAUUUUUUGCUCAUUUUUUUCUGUACACUGGAAAUUACUUAUUUAAUUUCAGGCACAAUUUUAGUUCAAUUAAUAGAUUUGUGAUUAUAGUAGACAAAUAUAAAAUUGCUUCAUCGACAUAUAACUGUUUUGAUACAUAUAACUCUGUAACUAAAAUUUUAAAUUGAAAUAUCUGAUUUAAUGAAGUAAAAGUAACGUUUGAGUUACUUUUAUGAACGAUGAGAUCGCAAUGAACGCGGCGCGCGGUGUGCGUCGAGCAAGAUUUAUUCGUUAUUAACUACCAGAAACGCGGUUUUUCACAUUUCACAUUUGAUUACAUCCAUUCAAUUUAUAGCCUUUUAGCUUUAGAUUAAAACUACUGAAAAAUAAUCAAUGGACAUAAAUAUCUGUACAUAGGUAAUCUUGUAAUUGUACACAAUAAUUAAUUGUUUUUAAAGGUUCGUAUUAAUUAGAAAGAACUAUUUGGAUUCUAUUACAUUCAACUUUAGCUUUAGGUGUUGCAUAUUACGCUUUGCUUGGAGUUGCUUUAGUAAUGGGAAUUAAUUUCAGUGAUGGCAUUCUUUAAAGUUAGUGAUUAAAGAGUUUGACUCUAAUUUAAUGUAUACGUUUUUAUAUUAGCUUAAGUAAUCCAUUGUUAUAGUGUAUUAUUAAUUAUACAAAAUUCUAAUGCUUGAUCUUGUAAAUAACGUGUAAAUUAUAGUGAUACGUAUAUUUUCAUAAUGAAUCCCCCGAGUCUACAAUGUAUACAGAACCACACCUUACCAUUUGGAAUUAUAUAAUGUAGUUUAUCUAUUUUUUAAUGUUCUACAAU